AGAAACAUGGCCGAUACUCUCCGCCCUCUGGAGGACGGGGUUAGGACAGGAAGUGAGGUCCUGUUACCUUUAGGCUGAUCUUCCUGGGAGAGAAGGGAGCUGUAUGUGAGGGAGCGGAGGAUGAACGGACAGGCGGACGGCGAGGUGGACUACAAGAGGAAGUACAAGAAUCUCAAACGCAAACUCAAGUUUCUCAUCUAUGAGCAAGAAUGUUUCCAGGAAGAGCUGAGAAGAGCUCAGAGGAAGCUGCUGAAAGUCUCCCGGGACAAAAGCUUCCUAUUGGACAGAAUCCUGCAGUAUGAGAACGUGGAGGACGACUCCUCGGAUUCUGAUAUGACGGCUUCAUCGGAGAACAGCGACACCGAGGGAGGCCGGGACACCAGCACACCCACAGCUAAGAGGAAGCGAAGUCCCUCGGCUGGCCCUGCCUCCCCACCACCCUCCUCAUCCUCGGCCUUAUCCUUGCAUGCCACUGGAGGCUCCUACCUGAGUGCAAUGAGCUCACCCCCCUACACCCCGUUUCCCUCGGAAUAUCUGGCUCCCAUCCCCAACUCCACGCCCCCCAAAACCGACCGACCCAAGAGAGACAGAAAGAACCGCGGCGCUAACCCCAAGAAGCCCAAGAUUCCGCUGAGCCCCUCCUCUAGCUGCGGCGGAGGCCUCCCGUUCAGCCCCCGCUCUUCAGGUCUCUCGUCCCUUUCGUCUUCCAGCAAGCACGCGCCGCCUCCCACCAUCCUCAGCACCGUCCCGCAGCAGAUGUUCAGUGACGGCGGCGAGGGCAGCGGAGACGAGGGUCCCCUGGAUGGAGACGAGGAGGACGACUUGGUCAUAGACAUUCCUGAGUAAAGUGAAGGGGGGGGGAGGGCAUCUGGAUAUGUUCACAUUUUGGGCUUGCCGUGGUUUGUAACCAUUUUACAAGGACCCCAUUUAUCUCUGUGGUUGCAUACAAAACCGUUUUCAGUGCAGAUUUUCCCCCAUUCAAUUCCCACGUCUGCGUCUCCCGACGACUUCAAAGAACUGGAAACGAGAUGGAGUUAGUGUUCACCUAGUGUGUGUUUACAACUGUAGGGGGGUGUGGCUGUAGGACUGAAGUCGUC